CCCAGCAGGACAGAGCACAGACCACGGCCCCGAGGAUGAAGACACUCGCCACUGUCCUGCUGGCCCUGCUGUUGUGCAGACAGCCAGGUGUCCCUGCGCAGCCAGGGAGAGGACAGGCGUGGGACGAGCUGGACGACGGUGAGGACACUGGGCAGGAGGACUAUGAAGACGAGGACGAGGAGGACGAGGAGGACGAGGAGGCCGGCAGGAUGGCAGGCAGCAGGGACAGAGGGCUGCAGUGCUACUCCUGCCAGUCCCUGCGCCGGGAGGACCGCUGCCACCAGACCAGCCACUGCCCCCUCAGCCAGCCUUUCUGCAAGACCCUCACCUCCCAAGGGGACACCGAAUCGGGUCCUCUGACGACCUACUCGGCGUGGUGUGCAGACACGUGUAAAUUCAGCACCAGGACCGUAGAGGAGACCCUGGUGACAGUGACCUGCUGCCAGACCACCUUGUGCAACAUCCCACCCUGGCAGGGCGGUGGGGCAGGGGGUCCCCAGGGCAGCCCCCAAACUGUGGCUGCUGCCCUCCUGCUCAGUCUCCUCCUUGGCCUCGGGGCAAUGGGGUCCUGAAUGGAGUCGGCCCCUCCCCGCCGGCUCAUCCCUGGGGGGUCAGCACCCUGUCCAGUCGUCCUCUCCUGACCCCAGCCCCCACCAGCUUUGGAGAAUAAAC